CAAACAGCAGUCAGGUGGAUGUAGGCGUGCGAUUCGCAUCGACUGCCUCUCCGAAUCUAACCUAACCUCAUCGAGAGACGACGGCCUCUUCCAAGUAGUUCUCCCGAUCGCGUUUAUUUCUGAUCGACAUUAUAAAUUACCACCGUGAUUCAUCCUGACAGUGGCGGUUCGAGUGAUGCAGAGAUUCGACAAUGACUUCAAAGCGAAUUCUCUUCUAUAGAUAGUACAGAGUCGAGGCACAUAUAAAAACUCGGGCUCGUACCUACAUGCAUUUUAGUGUACCUAGAUGUACCAGAUAGUCGAGAUCCUUUGAGGGUUUCAUCGUUGACCAUCAUCAGCAUCAUCCCGAAGACAUCCACUAGCUAUGACUGUCACGUACACCGCGGAAGUAGCCACAUGCCGUGGAUUGGGCUGCUUCUUGAAGCUGCUCAGAAGGUGGAGAGGAAGUAUAUACAAACUUGUAUGGCUGGACCUGCUGUUGUUCCUAAUACUUUAUUACAGCUUAAAUUUAAUGUACAGAUUUAUACUGAAUGAAAACCAAAAAGUUAUUUUUGAGAACGUCGUUCAGUAUUGCAAAAACUACAGUGAUCUCAUCCCGCUUUCAUUCGUUUUGGGCUUCUAUGUCUCAAUAGUGAUGACCAGAUGGUGGAACCAAUAUACGACAAUCCCAUUUCCAGACCCUCUGGCUGUAUUCGUAAGCGCUACAAUUCAUGGUAAUGAUGAACGGGGAAGGGUGAUGCGACGCACAAUAAUGAGGUAUGUGUGCCUCUGUGUGACGAUGAUGUUCACUAUGAUAAGUCCGCGAGUGAAGAAGCGUUUCCCAACGUUAGAUCAUUUCGUGGAGGCUGGUCUUCUCCAGCAGAGCGAGAAACACAUCAUCGCGGAUUUGAAUCAAAAGUUUCCGAAAUACUCGAAGCAUUGGUUGCCGAUAGUUUGGGCAUCAAGUAUAAUAACAAGAGCACGAAAGGAAGGAAGAAUCCGGGAUGAUUUCGCUGUGAAGACAAUGAUCGACGAACUGAACAAGUUCCGUGGUCAGUGCGGUCUUCUGCUGAACUUCGACACGAUCAGCAUCCCUUUGGUGUACACUCAGACAGUGACUUUAGCCGUGUACAGUUACUUUCUAACGACUCUAAUGGGUCAUCAAUGGGUGGAACAUAGUGAAUACAAAUUUGACCUCUAUUUUCCAGUCUUCACUCUGCUCCAAUUCUUUUUCUAUAUGGGCUGGCUAAAAGUGGCGGAGUCGCUGAUAAACCCCUUCGGGGAUGACGACGAUGAUUUCGAAAUCAAUUGGAUGAUUGAUCGAAACCUGCAGGUUUCUUAUCUUAUUGUUGAUGAUAUGCACCAUGAGCAUCCCGAGCUGGUGAGGGAUCAGUAUUGGGACGAGGUGUUUCCUCCUGAUCUUCCGCACACUUUGGCCUCUGAGCCGUUCAAGGAGCAGCAUCCUCUUCCUUCGACGGCAAAUAUCGCUUGUUCUCCAACAGGACACGAGAUCAGCGGUCCACCGACUUCGGUGAAGAUCGACGACGACAUGCAGAGCGGAAUCAUGUUCAGCGUGAAGACGGAUGGUGGCAUGAAACGCGGCGGCAACUCGCAGGCCAGCAACUUAGGUAACAGCGUACCUGAUUCCAUACAACGAGUUGCAUCUGUAACAAGCAUGAUUAAGAAGUUCUUCAAUCGAGAAGAUAGUCGAAUGGAUUCAAGGACUGGAAGUCGAAGAGGAUCGACGGUCGAGCUGAACAACCUGGUGCCUCCAAAAACUCCUACCGCUAUGAAGAUCACUGAUCAGAUCAUCGAGGAGCUGGACGAGCAGCAAACCUUGACAUCAAUGCGAGAGGCUCAGGAGCAGAAACCGAGCGUCUUCGGAAUAUUUGGACCUCCACCCCCGUCUCAACCAGUCCAAGUACCGACAAGAUCUGCAUUCGCAUCUCGCCAGGAAUCUCAUACCUCUGCAUACUCGAAAGGCUCUGCUCCGCUGAGCGAAAUGGACAAUAUUAGUAUAGGUUCGGAAACUAUAGAUGGUUCGGACGUUGAAGAUUGCGAUGAAUUUAAUAAAUUGAAAAAACGCAGAUUGGACGAGAGAAAGAGCAGGUUGGUGUUAAACUUGGCUAGGUCAAUGAGUAAUAAUCCAGGGGAAGGAGAAGGCGAACUGCUGAUGGGCAAAGCCCUUUCCGGACAAAGUCCGCCAAUCAUUUCGAGGAUGGACAGCAGAUUGGCGCGAUCGCUGAGCGGUGGCCAAUGCCACAUGGACAUUCUUCUGGAUGAAGAGAGGAGGAAAUCACAGGACUCGACGGAUGAACCAAGAAAUGAUCAACUAUAAAAAACAAUACUGCAUUGAGCUGAACGCAAGUUCUCCUCUCGAUCCGAACCUAUUCAACGAUGUGAACGCAGCGCAAUUAUUAAAUAGGAUACGUUUUUUUUAAGUCAAUUAUUUUUUGUUCGUUUUUUUCCUUUUUUGUACUAGAUAUUAAUUAGGACGUGCUAUAUAUUAUACUACUAAUGAAAGUUUUGUGAUUUUAAUCAGGUAAAGAAACUAUUUAUACAACUGUUACAUACAUAUAUUAAUCGUUGUUGGAGAUUCGUCGUCUGUCCUGCAUCUUACUUACUACAUUCAUUGGAUUUACUUGGAAUUGCUAAUAGAAAGUGCCUUCGAUUAUAAUUAUUUUUAAUGCUUGUUUCUUUAUAUCAGCGAAUCAAACAUACAAUUAAUUCACUCAGUAUUAUUUAUUAAAUUGUACUUGUAAAAUUUGGUUGUAAC